UGAGCAAGAACUGAAAUCGGCCAGUUUCCCGCCCUGCUUGGCGACCGGUGGUCAUGCCUUCACUGUCGGCUGCUAUAUCUUCCCUGUGGUGUUGAAAUCCACACUUUUGGAACUCCAUUCCGACAGGUUUAAGAUGGUAUCCCGGACACAGAAAGAAACACAUGGUCCUAUUUCACAUUCUUCGAAAAAUAAGAAGGCAUUUAACAAAAGAAAGAGAAAAGGGAUUGCAUUUAGGAGACUUGAGGUUGAACCAUCUACUUUACAAGCUGUGUGGCAUCAGGCUGAUCUCCAGACUGUGGGAUGGAGAGUGAAUAUAGAGAGAUACUGUUGCUGACCGGCCUAGAUGAAAUCAAGGAGGAGGAACUGCAACGGUUCAAGUUCUUUGUCCCAGAUGAGUUUAAGAUCUCGAGGAGCAAACUGGAGGAGGCGACAAACAGGACAGAGUUAGCUGAACAACUGAUUGAGAGUGCAGGCCCAGUGGCUGCGGUGACAAAGACCAUUCGUAUUUUCCAGAAGUUGAGUUUCAUGCACGCUGCAAACCGUCUUCAGGAACAAAAGAACAAAGCUGUGCUUUUGCUUGAUAGUCGAGCCACGACAAAGAAGAAAGGAGCACAGAAAGUAGAAAAAAGAAGUCAAGAUGAAAACUGUUCUGGUGCCUCUGCUACCAGCAGAGACGAAGCCUCCAAUAAACACUCUGCUACAGAAGUCUGUCCUCAGGCUAAGCCUCAGAAGAAGCAGAUCAUGGCAGAACAGGAAGCCACCAGAAAAGGUUUACAGAAAGAUCCCCUGGCUUUAUUGGUACUGAAAGCUACGACUCCUUUCGAGUGUGAAACUCGGGAAGGGAAGCAAACGAUAUUCCAUGCAACAGUGGCCACACCGACAAAUUUCUUCUUCGUAAAAGUUUUAAAUGCACAGCUUAAAGAUAAGUUUACCCCACAAAGAACAAUUGAAAUAUCAAACUAUCUUUGGUACAGGAGCUUCUUGGAGGUGACCAGCUCCUCAACUGUGGUUGAGGCUGAUGCUGACCACCAAGUUUGUGUUCCAAAUAACAUUAGGGAAAAAGCUGGGAGAACUCCCAUGAUUAAGAAGCUGAAGACUCAGCCUAGUGGAACAAUUGUCAAUGGGAUGUUUAAAGUCCAGAAGGUAAUAGAGCAAAGAAAAGAUAGAGUGCUAUAUGGUAUCCAUGACAACACAGGGGAGAUGAACCUGUUGGUGCUUGGAAACCAGAAUCAAGAAAAAUGCGAGGAAGGAGAUAAACUUAGACUCACAUUCUUUGAGGUGUCAAAAAGUGGAGAGAAAAUACAGCUGAAAUCGGGACCCUACAGCUUCCUUAAGGUUAUUAAGGCCACAAAGCCAAAAGCUGAGAAGAAAACUAUGAAUUGAAGUCAAGUCAUCUAAACAGCAUUUGUUAAAGAAUUAUAAUACUGCUUCUUGAAUCAGAUUGAGCUGCCUGAGGAGAGCAAUUUACCGGCUCAUCAUCCUAUCCCAUUAGUUCAAAAAGGAUAAAUACUAGAAAAAUCCUCUGUCAGAUGUAUAGCAAAACAAAACAAAUACAAAACCUGAUAAAAAUCAUAAUACCAGGCACGAGAAACCCUCUUUUGAGUAGUUGGUCAGGGUUGUCUAAGAGACUCCCCAAACAUUACAGGCUAUUGCCAUUGCUAAUGCUAUUGACCCCCAGAUAGGGUGAUAAGUUUAUGCUGAUGACGAUACCACGCACUUCAGACAUGGGAUUCAGAGGCCUGAACUGUAACUGACCUGACAGUCUUCUACCCAAGGAUUAUCUUUCAUGAUCCCAGAAGGUGCCAUACAAGCUUCCAAAAGAGGGAAGCAACCAUCAGUAACACCCAGCUGUGAUGACUAAGAACCAUAAAAAUGACCAGCAUGGCAAAAUAACCGUAAGGGUGAAUACCUUAGUGGUAACCAACAAUUCUUUAGUUGGACUUAAGACCCACUCAACAAGGAAGAAAUCAUUCCUGAAACCUAGCCGGAUCCCCUAGGGCUAGUGAAAUGAAUUUUAAAGAAGAACCUAGUAACACCACUUUACUAAACCAGCAUAAUCCCUAACUACACUCUAGGUAUUUGGCCUUAUACACAUAGAUAAGUGUAGUCCUUAUCCCUCAUGAAGAAAAUUUUUGCAAUAGAUAGAGACCAUUACAGAAAAUCACAACCAUCAAGAUGUAGAGUUGUAUAUCCUCCCAGUCCCAGUGGAUAUAUCUACAGCAGAACUGUUGCACCUAAGUUUCAGGGAGCAUUGUGGAAGAGGAGACAGAAAGGUUGUCAUUCAUGGCUUUGUCAGAGGAGCAGCAGAUGACAAUUGAGCUUCAGGCAUUCAGCUCACCACAGUGCAAGGCACUGAUGGGUGAAUCUUCAAUAGGCAAGGCAUCAAGGGCUUCAGGUCCAUAAUGUCUCAUGCUACUGCUAUGUCUUUUCAUGCUUGCCACUGCCAUUUUUCUUUGGUAUCUGGCAUGGUGUGAAUGGG